CUACAUUUCCCAUAAUCCCCACAGGAAGUCCGUCAUAUAUUGACGCCAAACAUAAUGGCGGCUCAGUGAAACGCACAGGCUUCGCAAGCGACUUGCUUUUGAUCUUUUAAGAUGGCGGGUGACUCAUCUGAUAAGAAGGACCUGGACACCGCAGGGAAGGAGCGGGAGUCUCGAAAGCGCAGUCGUUCUCGCUCCAGGGAUCGUGAACGGAAAGGAUCUCCUGGCAGAGAACGCAAACGGCACCGAUCCCGUGAACGCAAGCGCUCCCGCAGCAGAUCCAAAUCUCCUGACCGAGAUCGUCGUCUAAAAGACAAAGAAAGAGACAGAGACAAUAACAGAGACAGGAGCCGCAAAGACCGAGAAAGAGACAGGGACAGACGGGACAAAGACCGGUCCAAGAAAUCAAGGAGCACUUCUCCUAAAUCCAAGGAUUUGAAACUAAAGAGGGAGAAGGAUGUGAAAAAAGAGGAAGAUGAGGAAGAUAAGAAAGAGAAGGUGCAGCCUCUUUCUCUUGAAGAGCUGCUUGCUAAGAAGAAAGCAGCCGAAGAGGCAGAAUCUAAGCCCAAGUUCUUGUCUAAAGCAGAGCGAGAAGCUGAGGCCAUCAAACGGAGGGAGCUGCUGGCAGAGGACCGCCGCAAACAACUGGAUGAGGAGAGGAAGAAACGAAGAAUAUUUCAGGACAUCGGCAGGAAGAUGCUAGAGGAUCCUCAGGAGAGAGAACGGCGGGAAAGAAGGGAGCGGAUGGAAAGAGAGAACAAUGGGAAUGAUGAAGAUGAUGGGCGACAGAAGAUUAGAGAAGAAAAAGACAAAGGAAAAGAGCUGCAGGCCAUAAAGGAGCGUUAUCUUGGUGGUAUGAAGAAACGGCGGCGCACACGCCAUCUGAAUGACAGGAAGUUUGUCUUUGAGUGGGAUGCGUCUGAAGACACAUCAACCGACUACAAUCCAAUAUAUAAAGAAAAGCAUCAGGUUCAGCUGUAUGGCCGAGGCUUCAUUGCCGGCAUCGAUCUCAAGCAGCAGAAGAGAGAUCAGUCCCGAUUCUAUGGAGACCUGAUGGAGAAGAGACGGACCCUUGAAGAGAAGGAGCAAGAGGAACUGAGGCUGAAGAAGGUCCGAAAGAAGGAGGCCAAGCAGCGCUGGGACGACCGGCACUGGUCUCAGAAGAAGAUGGAUGAGAUGACAGACAGAGACUGGAGAAUCUUCAGAGAGGACUACAGCAUCACGACCAAAGGUGGAAAGAUCCCCAACCCCAUCCGCAACUGGAAGGAGUAUUCACUGCCGCCACACAUUCUGGAGGUCAUCGAAAAGUGUGGCUAUAAGGAUCCCACACCUAUCCAGAGGCAGGCCAUUCCUAUUGGUUUACAGAACCGUGACAUCAUUGGUGUGGCCGAGACUGGUAGUGGUAAAACCGCCGCCUUCCUCAUUCCUUUAUUGGUCUGGAUCACCACUCUACCUAAGAUUGACAGGAUCGAGGACUCAGAUCAGGGACCGUAUGCCGUCAUUCUGGCCCCCACUCGUGAGCUGGCACAGCAGAUAGAGGAGGAGACGAUUAAAUUCGGCAAACCGCUGGGGAUCCGGACAGUGGCUGUGAUCGGUGGAAUAUCCAGAGAGGAUCAAGGGUUCAAACUCAGGAUGGGUUGUGAGAUUGUCAUAGCCACACCUGGUCGUUUGAUCGACGUGUUGGAAAACCGAUACCUCGUCCUGAGCAGAUGCACAUAUGUGGUACUGGAUGAAGCCGACAGAAUGAUUGACAUGGGCUUUGAACCCGACGUCCAGAAGAUUCUGGAGUACAUUCCUGUGACCAAUCAGAAACCAGACACAGAUGAUGCGGAGGACCCCGAAAAAAUGAUGCAGAACUUUGAGUCAGGCAAACACAAAUACAGACAGACGGUCAUGUUUACUGCCACCAUGCCUGCUGCAGUGGAGCGUUUGGCCAGAAGUUACCUCCGUCGACCUGCGGUGGUGUACAUCGGCUCUGCAGGCAAACCUCACGAGAGGGUGGAGCAGAAGGUCAUCCUCAUGUCCGAGGGUGAAAAGAGGAAGAAGCUGCUGGAUGUUUUGGCAAGUGGCUUUGAGCCGCCCAUCAUCAUCUUUGUUAACCAGAAGAAGGGUUGUGACGUGCUGGCUAAGUCUUUGGAGAAGAUUGGAUACAAUGCUUGUACACUCCAUGGCGGUAAAGGUCAGGAACAGAGAGAGUUUGCUCUGUCCAACCUAAAGGCGGGAGCUAAGGACAUCCUGGUGGCCACAGACGUGGCAGGCAGAGGUAUCGACAUCCAGGACGUCUCCAUGGUCCUCAACUAUGACAUGGCCAAGAACAUUGAGGACUAUAUCCAUCGUAUUGGCCGAACGGGUCGUGCUGGAAAGAGUGGUAUGGCGAUGACUUUCCUGACCAAAGAAGACUCUUCUGUUUUCUACGACCUGAAACAGGCCAUCUUAGAAAGUCCCGUGUCCACCUGCCCACCCGAGCUGGCCAAUCACCCAGACGCCCAGCACAAGCCCGGCACCAUCCUUACCAAGAAGAGGAGAGAGGAGACCAUCUUUGCUUGAACCAAACCAUUUACACAUGUUGUUUUGUUUUCUGUUGUACAUCUUGUGAGUGUGCUGUGUCUUAUCACCAGAUUAUUUGCAACCAAGUUUAUAAGAGACCACCAGUAAACCAAGGAAUCAGUUUUCUGGCAGAUAAACCAAUGACAAGUGUAGAAAUCUGUGAGAAAGCUGUAGCAGAGAGAAGGCAUCCCUUGACAUCUUAAGAUGGACAGUUAGUCAAACAUUACAUUGUAGAACGGCACACAUCUUUCCUUUUUUACACGUAAUUUUUAAAUUGUGUAAAAAUACCAAUUCAUUAAUGCAUCUGUAGAUACUCCAUUUCAGUCAAUGGAUGAGUAAAACUGUUCACUCUGCAGAUAAAUAAUAAAUUCCUUUAGACUGA